AAGGUGUUUUAUAGGUCAAUUCCGGUCGCCAUUUCGUUAGUUUCAUCACAAGGCUUUGGACUGUUUCUCUGCAGGAUUUCGCGGACUCGAGAAGGUUCCGAAUUCCUGUUUUUGACACAUUUUGAAUAAAAAUUAAUAUUGCUUCAUCAUGACCAUCGGAUGCAAAGAUUGGCUGUAUAUUCUUCCUGCAGCAGGAGCUGUGGGCGUGGUGGCCUACUUUGUGGUGUCCAAGGUUAAGUCACAGUGUGCAAGUUGUGGUGACACCGUCAUCAAUAGAAGUGUGAUGAAGGACCAAGAGAAGGUCGUCCACUCCUACGACAUGGAGGAUCUUGCAGACAGUGUCGCUUUCUGCCGUUGUUGGAGAUCAAAGAAGUUCCCGUUCUGCGACGGUACACACAACUCCCACAACAAAGCUACCGGAGACAACGUCGGGCCGUUGUGUCUCUCAAAGAAAUGCGAAGGGUCUUCCUAGAGCUCUCACCCGCUAUUCAAAAAAGCUUCAAUGGAAUAAUCAGAGCAAUAAGUUGUUUGCUGUGUUGAAAAAAAUGUGUUUAUUAUCGUCCGAGUGGAUGUUAUUUGAAAAGUGUUGUGGAUAGUAUUUUAUAGCUAUUGGAAAAAUCAGGUCACGUUUACAAUCCCAAGAGCUACUCUGAGUAUUCCCCGAACAGGAAUCCACUGGCCAAAUGCUACUUCAAAUACCGGAAGACCUGCCGUCGAUUUCACCAAACUCUUCCUAACUUUAAAGGAU